GGUGCCCCUGCUGCCGGGGCUGGUGAUUGGAGGAAACCCCGUGUCUGCGGCGCGGCUGUAGCCUGUGAGCAGCGAGAUCCAGGGACAGAGUCUCAGCCUCGCCGCUGCCGCCGCCGCCGCCGCCCAGAGCCCGCCGAGCCCCGGCCCGUCCGCCGCCGCCGCCGCCGCCCCUUCGGGACCCAGAACAACAUCCAGUCAUGGAUAAAAAUGAGCUGGUGCAGAAGGCCAAACUGGCAGAGCAGGCUGAGCGGUAUGAUGACAUGGCAGCCUGCAUGAAGUCUGUAACUGAGCAAGGAGCUGAGUUAUCCAAUGAGGAGAGGAAUCUUCUCUCCGUUGCUUAUAAAAAUGUUGUAGGAGCCCGUAGGUCAUCUUGGAGGGUUGUGUCAAGUAUUGAGCAAAAGACGGAAGGUGCUGAGAAAAAGCAGCAGAUGGCUCGAGAAUACAGAGAGAAAAUUGAGACCGAGCUGAGAGAUAUCUGCAAUGAUGUACUGUCUCUUUUGGAAAAGUUUUUGAUCCCCAAUGCUUCACAAGCUGAGAGCAAAGUCUUCUAUUUGAAAAUGAAAGGAGACUACUACCGUUACUUGGCGGAGGUUGCUGCUGGUGAUGACAAGAAAGGGAUUGUGGAUCAGUCACAACAAGCAUACCAAGAAGCUUUUGAAAUCAGCAAAAAGGAAAUGCAGCCAACACAUCCUAUCAGAUUGGGCCUGGCCCUUAACUUCUCUGUGUUCUAUUACGAGAUUCUGAACUCCCCGGAGAAAGCCUGCUCUCUUGCAAAGACAGCUUUUGAUGAAGCCAUUGCUGAACUUGAUACAUUAAGUGAAGAAUCGUACAAAGACAGCACGCUAAUAAUGCAGUUACUGAGAGACAACUUGACAUUGUGGACAUCGGAUACCCAAGGAGAUGAAGCUGAAGCAGGAGAAGGAGGGGAAAAUUAACCGGCCUUCCAACUUUUGUCUGCCUCAUUCUAAAAUUUACAUAGUAGACCAUUUGUCAUCCAUGCUGUCCCACAAAUAGUUUUUUGUUUACGAUUUAUGACAGGUUUAUGUUACUUCUAUUUGAAUUUCUAUAUUUCCCAUGUGGUUUUUAUGUUUAAUAUUAGGGGAGUAGAGCCAGUUAACAUUUAGGGAGUUCUCUGUUUUUUUUCAUCUUAAGGUGGCCAAUAUGGGGAUGUGGAAUUUUUAUACAAGUUAUAAAUGUUUGGCAUAGUACUUUUGGUACAUUGUGGCUUCACAAGGGCCAGGGUUAAAACUGCUUCCAUGUGUAAGCAAGAAAACUGCCUUCAUAUUGGUUUGUCCUGGUGGGGGAUUAAAAGGGAGAAUUGGUUCCAGUCACAGGUGUAGUUACUGUGGGUACUUUAAGGUUUGGAGCACUUAGCAGGCUGUAGUGGAACUUGAUUAUCUCAUGGAUGUUGCAUGUUGACCCGUGUGUGUCUGAAUUACUGAAGCUCGUGCACACCUAGCUGCAGCUGCAGAAGUGUCUCUAGACAGAGCUGUGACCCAAGUUACUGUGGAGAAGGGCGGAAACGGUUCACAUUCCAUUAUUUGUAAAGUUACCUGCUGUUUGCUUUCAUUAUUUUUGCUACACACAUUUUAUUUGUAUUUAAAUGUUUUAGGCAACCUAAGAACAAAUGUACAAGUAAAGAUGCAGUAAAAAUGAAUUGCUUGAUAUCCAUAACUUCAUGUAUGUCAAGCACAGCAGUCAAAACUCAUGUAUUUAACUUUUUUAGGGUUUUUUUUUCUUUUUUUUCUUUUUUUUUUUUGCUUUUGUGAUUUUUUUUUUUUUUGAUACUUGCCUAACAUGCAUGUGCUGUAAAAAUAGUUAACAGGGAAAUAACUUGAGAUGAUGGCUAGCUUUGUUUAAUGUCUUAUGAAAUUUUCAUGAACAAUCCAAGCAUAAUUGUUAAGAACACGUGUAUUAAGUUCAUGUAAGUGGAAUAAAAGUUUUAUGAAUGGACUUUUCAACUACUUUCUCUACAAGCUUUUCAUGUAAAUUAGUCUUUCGGUUCUGAAACUUCUCUAAAGGAAAUUGUACAUUUUUGGAAAUUUAUUCCUAUUCCCUUUUGGCAGCUAAUGGGCUUUUACCAAGUUUAAAUACAAAGUUUAUCAUAACAAAAUACUACUAAUAUUGUACUACUGUUCCCAACCAUGUCCCAUAAUAUUCUUUCUCUCUCUCUCUGAGGGGAAAAAAGGGUGGGUUUUUUUUUCCCCCAGGGGCAGAGGGGAUUGAUUGGAAAAGCAAUGAGUUCUAUUUACAAUUUUUGGUAUGGGAUUUUCUAACCUAGAAGCCGCAAUGUUCUGGCCCACCGUGAUAUUGGUAGCAUCAGCUAGGUUUUGUGCUUCCAGAUCACUUUUGUUUUUAAGAAUUUCUUGAUAUUCUUACAAGCCUGCCUUCAAUUUUGAUCCUUUAUUCCCUUUAUUCGUUGGGUGCACAGGAUGACCUUUUUCAGCCUUUGUCUUGUCACCAACCAUUCCUCUUUGGUGGCCGUGUACUUGGAGAAGAGGCCGCAUGAUCUUUCUGGCUCCACUCAAUGUCUAAGGACACCCCGCUUUCCUUUGCUUGCAUCCCACAAACAAUUUCCCUCAUCCUAUUACAGCAGCAGAUCUCUCCUGAGUUGAUGAGAUUGUGUUGAUCUCCCUGGAAACUCCCCCUCUCCCGAAUGGUCUGUCAUUGUCUGCCUUUAACUCCCCCCACCCCUCCUCUUUAAAUAAUGAUGGGGCUAAGUUAUUCCCAAAGCUCACCCUACCCACUGUUUCCUCAGUACCUUGCAGAAAACACCAAACAAAAAUACCAUUUUAAAGAGGUGUAUUUUUUUUUUUUUCGUUUAGAAUGUAAGCUCCUCAAGAGCAGGGACAUCGUUUUCUGUAUGUUCUAUUGUGCCUAGUACACUGUAAAUGCUCAAUAAAUAUUGAUGAUGGGA